GUAAAAAUUAAUCAACUUCGUGACACUGUUGUAAACUUUGUUUUCUGCAAGUUGAAUGCUUGUGUUUUUCCUUUUUAUGUUUCGUUCACCCAAAAAUUCAAAACAUCAAAUUUGAACUUGGGUUUUGUUAUAUUACACAUAAGUUUAAAACAUUACAAUGGAAACAACACCUUUACUAAUGAGGCCUAAAAGAAAAUCUCUUCUGUCUUGGCUACUGUUAUCAAGAUUUAAAAAGAAGGAACUUAGUUCUCGAGCAAUUAACUUGGGACACUUACCUGAUGAGGAGUUUCCUCCCAAUUAUGUUUGCAAUCAGAAAUACAACCUCAUAACAUUCCUACCCCUAGUUUUAUAUGAACAGUUCAGAUUCUUUCUCAAUAUGUAUUUUCUUGUGAUGGCGGUUAGUCAGUUCAUUCCAAGCAUUCGCAUUGGAUACCUGUACACCUACUGGGGACCACUAUGUUUUGUUUUAGCUGUAACAUUGUUCAGGGAAGCAGUAGAUGAUUAUAGAAGAUAUAGGAGAGAUAAAGAAGUGAAUAGACAGAAAUAUGAAAGAAUAGUACUAGAUACUCCAAUAGAAGACUACCGUCCAUUUCAAAUGGAAUAUGUCGCAGCAUCAGAACUGCGUGUUGGAGACAUUGUAAUGCUGCAUAAAGGGCAAAGAGUACCUGCUGACAUGAUACUUCUUAGAACUAAUGAGACCAUGGGUACAGUAUUCAUAAGGACUGACCAGUUGGAUGGAGAGAUUGAUUGGAAAUUACGGAUACCUCUUUCAUCAACGCAAAAGCUGCCGACCGACGCCCAUCUCCUGGAUAUAAACGCUCAGAUAUUUGUUGAGAAACCCGAGAAGGACAUACACUCGUUCAUAGGGACUUGUAUUCGAUUGGACGAGGAGGAACGCGACUCUUUGGACAUUGAGAACACGUUGUGGAGUGGCUGCGUCGUGGCGUCAGGUCAAGCCACAGGCCUCGUUAUAUACACGGGAAGCGAAACUCGGAGUGUAAUGAACAACGCCGUGCCGCGGUCUAAGGUCGGCCGCCUGGACCUGCAGGUCAACGACCUCACCAAAGUGCUCUUCUUCGCAACGCUAUUCGUGUCACUGCUGCUGAUCAUACUCAAGGGGUUCACGGGGCCCUGGUUCGGAUUCUUCUUUAGAUUCAUCUUACUGUUCUCCUACAUCAUUCCUAUAAGCUUAAGAGUAAACCUUGACAUGGGCAAAGCGUUCUAUUCAUGGACAAUACAACGCGACAAAGAGAUCGAAGGUACCGUGAUGAGGUCCACGACCAUACCCGAGGAGUUGGGUCGCAUCCAGUACCUGCUGGCGGACAAGACCGGCACUCUCACCAAGAACGAGAUGGUCUUCCAGAAGCUGCACUUAGGAAACGCUUUGUUUGACAGAGAAAGAUUUAAUGAGGUGGAAGCCCUCCUGACGCAGCACAUCACGAACGACGGCCCGUCGCUGGCGGCGUCGCCGGUGGACGCGCCCGACCUCGCCGCCCCCACCCCGCGCCAGGUGUGGCAGGCCGUGCUGGCCAUCGCGCUGUGCCACAACGUCACCCCGGUGUACGACGCGCCCGCCGGGGACGACGACGCGCAGUCCGAUAUGGCGAGUUCAGUGGUCUCGGAGAGCUGCGGGGGUGCGGUGCCGCAGCAGGAGCUCUGCGACUACCAGGCCUCGAGUCCGGACGAGGUCGCCUUGGUCAAGUGGACCGAUAUGAUGGGCGUGUCCCUGUAUAGAAGAGACUUGCACAACAUCUCUUUAAAACUGAGGGCGACCAAUGAAAUUAUACAGUUCAGCAUACUGCAGAUAUUCCCGUUUACGAGCGAAAGCAAAAUGAUGGGGAUCAUCGUUCAGGAGGAGAACUCUGAGGAGAUACGGUACUACGUGAAGGGCGCGGACGUGGCGCUGGCGCGGCUGGUGCGCUCGGGCUGGCUGGGCGCGCAGUGCGGGCGGCUGGCGGCCGACGGGCUGCGCACGCUCGUGUUGGCGCACCGCACGCUCGCACGACAAGAGUACCUUGAGUUCGAGGCGGAGUACAAGGAGGCGCGGCUGUGCACGAGCGGGCGCGGCGAGCGCACGGCGGCCGCGCUGUGCAAGCUGCACCGCGGGCUGGAGCUGCUGGGGCUCACGGGCGUGGAGGACCGCCUCGCCGACCGCGUGCCCGCCACGCUCGGCAUGCUGCGCGCUGCCGGUAUCAAGACGUGGAUGCUGACUGGCGACAAGCUGGAGACGGCGCUGUGCAUCGCGCGCUCGCUGCAGCUGGGCGGCGGCGCGGAGUGGCGGGUGGCGCGCGACUGUAGCUCGCGCCUCCACGCGCACACGCUGCUGCUGGCGCUGGCCGACCAGCCCAACAUGGACCUCAUCAUCGAAGGAGAAACGCUCGAAGUGUGUCUGCAGUCGUACGAGGAGGAGUUCGUGAAGCUGCUGUGCGGCUGCAGCGGCGUGGUGGUCGCGCGCUGCUCGCCCACGCAGAAGGCGACGGUCGCGCGACUGCUGCGCGCCCGCGGACACGUGGUCGCCGCCGUCGGGGACGGAGGAAACGACGUCGCCAUGAUACAGGAAGCCGAUAUUGGCGUCGGUAUAGAAGGAGCGGAGGGUCGCGCGGCGUCGCUGGCCGGUGACGUCAGCGUCCGCCAGCUCUCGAACCUGGCGCGCCUGUUCCUCGUGCACGGCCGCCGCUCCGUCAUGCGCUCGGCGGCGCUCUGCCUCUUCAUAGUGCAUCGGGGACUCAUCGUUUCCACUAUGCAGGCGGUGUUCUCAGUGGUGUUCUACUUCUCGUCAGUUUCGCUGUACCCCGGCUUCCUGAUGGUCGGUUACGGUACUCUAUUCACGAUGCUGCCUGUCUUUUCCUUGGUGCUCGAUAAAGAUAUAUCCAGUUCGACGGUGCUCCGCUACCCGCAGCUCUACAAACAACUGACGAGAGGACGCCAGCUAUCCUACAAAACGUUUUAUAUUUGGACCGGAAUAUCUAUAUAUCAAGGUGGCGUCAUCAUGUACGGAGCGCUAGUCCUGUUCGAGGACCAGCUGAUCCACAUAGUCGAGAUCAGCUACACCGCUCUGAUACUGACCGAGCUCAUCAUGGUGGCCCUCACGGUGGUCACGUGGCACUGGCUCAUGGUCGGAGCCGAGCUGGUCAGCCUCCUCAUGUACAUAAUAACCUUGCUGAUAUUCACCACGUACUUUGACGCUGAUUUUAUUAGACAUUGGGACUUCUGGUGGAAGGUGAUCACGAUAACUCUAGUGUCGUGUCUACCGCUGUACAUCGUCAAAUACAUGCACAGGAAAUGGAGCAACCGCCAGUACAAGAACAUUCGAACGUGA